GGGUAUAAUUAAAGAUAUAGCUACUAGGUUUCAAUGUAGUUUUGCUUUAAUUGAUAAAAUAUUUACUAAAAUGGCUAAGGCAAUUCAAAAAAUUUAUAAUGAUCCAAACUGUCCUUUUAACUAUCCAAAAACUUUUAUUAGUAAUAGGAAUACUGAAUAUAUAGACAAGUAUAAGAAUUUAUUACUCAGUCAUAAUAUAAAAAUUCA